CACACGAGGAGUGGAAGUGUUACAUGCUCUAAAGUCCCAAAAGAAUCAUCAGAUCGGAACACAACAUGCUACUAAGUGAUCUUUCUGUUCGCUGCGUCCUUUGAUGAUUCAAGAGGAUGUGAAGAAGGAGCGAAUGGCUUUAAAUAUGGAAAGAUUUCUCUUAUCGUAACUGGCAGGUUUAAUUGCUUUAUGUCCUCUCAAGCGCCUCUCCUGUUAUUUUUGCCGGUGUAGAGCAGGAAGAAGGAUGGGUCGUGUGCUUCUGAUCGAGCCGGCGGUUGGCCUGUAUGCGUUUGCCAUGUUUAUGAUCUACCCUCUGCUGCAGCAGUAUGUGUACCGUAGGCUGUGGUUUGAUCUGAGCGGCACAACCUACCCCGCCGAGAGUCUGUCUCACUGCUCAAACAACCACAGCUAUGUCACCAUACAUCAGGCCGUGCAGAAGGAGACGUCCAUAUUCCUCCUCAAGAGUGAGCUGUGCUUCCUCAUUCCCAGUCUCAUAUCCGCGCUGCUCCUGGUGUCAUACAGCGACCACUGCGGGCGUAAAGUCGCCAUCGUUCCUCCCCUGGUGGGGGACACUUUGUUCGCUCUCUGCUAUGUUUUGGUCAGCAGGUUCUCCUUCAGUCUCAGUUACCUGCUGGCUGCGUCCUUCCUGUCGGGCCUGAUGGGCGGCCCCACCACUCUGAUCGGAGGAUGCUUCGCUUAUGUGGCCGACCUCUGCGGAGCGGAUCCGGAGGGAAAGAAGACUGUCCGAAUGGCUCGGCUGGAUAUGAUUUUAGGUGUUUUGACUGGGUUAGCUUCUCUGUGCACUGGAUUCUUCAUCGAAGCGGCAGGCUUCACCUGGCCCUUCCUCACCGCAGUCUUUCUGCACCUGAUAAACCUCUUCUAUGUGUUGGUCGUCUUGAAGGAGUCCCUGGUUCUCCCAAACCCGAGUCUGUCUUCGUCGGGUCACUCAGAAGCCCCCGAAGCCCCUCGGCUGCGGCAGUCUCAAGCUCUUACCGCCCGUCUGCAGGGCGUCUACCUGCUCUUUGCGACCUCUAAACGGAGAAGGAAUGUAGUGCUGUUGCUCAUGCUGGCUGCUUUUGCCUUUUUCAGGGUAGCGCUGCAGGGUGGCAUGUCCAUCUUCAUCUUGUAUGAGUUGAACACUCCUCUGUGCUGGAGCGAGGUGUUGGUGGGCUACGGCUCGGCUCUCUCCACCGCCAUCUAUCUGGUGAGUUUUGCCGGUGUGGCGCUGCUCUCCCGCUGUCUCCCCGACGCCUACAUCAUCCUGCUGGGGCUGACGUCUGUGGCAGCCGGCCUCAUCAUGGCAGCGUUCGCAAAGUCUACCCCGCUCAUGUUCCUGGUGAGGUUGCCUUUGCUGCUGUCCAUCAUGCCAACUCCUGUCCUGAGGUCCAUGAUGUCUAAAAUAGUGUCUGGAUCCGAGCAAGGUGCCAUGUUUGCGUGUGUAGCUUUUGUGGAGAUGCUGAGUGUUGGUGUUUCAUUUACGAUGUUCAGCAGCAUCUAUGCAGCUACUCUGUCCUGGUUCUCCGGGUUUAGCUUCCUGCUCGCCGCGGGCCUAACUCUCAUACCAGCCAUCCUAGUCUGUGUUCUUCUUUGUCUCCGUCUGGAUGUGUACGAGGAAUCCCUCAUACUGAAAGAGGAGAGGAUGGAAAACCCCACCGAAACCAGUGAACUACCACCCUAACACGGACCCUGGGAACUCUUUGGCACAAGAGGGUCCUCCAGUGGAAAGAUAGAUAAUACGUGUGUGAAAUGAAAGGCAAACCAAGAAGUUUAUGUGCGUAGACGUUCUUGUUUUUUGGGCUCUAAACACGUGAGAGCUCAUGUUGGGUUCGUUCACAUUGCUGAAAAUGACUAUAAAUGUUAGUUUCAUUUCAUGCAUACCUAUUGUAUAUACAAAUAUGCCGUUUGAAAGUUGUUACACAUUGAUAUACAGUAUGUUUUAAAAUAGUAUAUUGAUAUUGUAUUUUUUUAAAUAAAUCAUUUGUAAACCUU